CGCGAGAGCGAGCGCGCGCGCGCGCGAGGCGACGCGCGACGUCGACGUCGACGUCGACCGACGCGAACUCGACCGCGAUGGCGGACGUCGCGCUGCGGCGAUGCGACUGCGCGCCGCGGCGAAGGCUUGAAAUCCUGCGCGCGGUGCGCGAGGCGUUCGAGCGCGAGGGCGACGCGCGCGCGGUCGCGGGCGACGCGGGAGGGAUGAAACGCAUCGCGGAAGCGAUCGCGCGAGGAAUCGACGACGCGGCGACGCACGUCGUGGUGGGGAGGGGGGAUUUUAACGUGAAUUUGAGAUUCGCGAAGAAAUCGUUGGCCUACGCGACGGCGCGCGCGCGAGGGAGGCGCGGAAGCGCGGGAGGGAAGGAAGCGCCGGAGUUUCGCGUGUUGGUGUUCGAUUCGCUGAGCCUCGGGAGUGGGGUGGAUGGAACGCAACAGUUGGCGUUUCAAGCGAUGCGGGACGAACACGACGAAGCGACGGAGACGGCGAAACGAAGAAAAGGUUCGGCGACGGCGACGGUGACGAGCGACGUCGAUGGGAUUCCACGAGCGAUCGUGAAUACCGUGCUGAAAGUUCUCAGCGAUGCGGACACCGCCGAUGACGAUCACGACGAACGCGCGUCGGCGAUCAGAGAAGAAUUGACGCGGAAAUUUGGUUCGUUUUGGCACGUCGUGAGCGACGAGAAAGACUUCGCGGUGGCGAGUCGCGCCACCGAGCUUCCGGUGCAAGAUGGCGAUGAUGGAGAGAUGAAGCGUAUUUCGAUGCGGUUUCGGCGAAAAAAUUGCACGUACGAGGUGUGGCAUCACGUCGCGCCGUUCGAUAGGUACGGCUUCCGCAAGAUGACGUGGGCCCAAAAGGCACGAUACAUGAGAUACUUUUUAAUAAUCUUCUGUGCGUGCGCGUUGGUGUGGUACAAGUACGAAUGUGCGAAAGAUACGCACGGCGUGCGUCGGUUAGUGUGCCGCGCGCUGCCGACUCUUUCACCCGUCGCGAUCGGCCUUUUCAUAUUCUUCGUCGUUUCCGCCCACGUUGACACGUCGGCGUGGAAAAAAGUUACAUGAAAACUGAACUCUCCACUACAAGUGCUGGUAUAUCAUCUUAGUCCGUA